AUGCUCUCACAUUUGUUGGUUUUCCUCAUGGUCGCCGCCCCGGUGCUGGGCAGCUACGAAUGCGUCCAUGUGAGCGGGACUGUGGCUUGCAAGCGCGACCCGGAAAUGGUGAUGCGAGGUCGGGUGAAGGUGGAUCUAUGGGAGUAUGAUGCGCUUUGGCAACGGUUCGGCUUCAAUCACGACGACUACAUUACGACCACCAAGACCAAGGGUAAUGGCCACUUUACCAUCACUGGCUGUGCUCAUGAUAACGACUUGCUAAUGAUGGUUGAUCGACCGGAUCCGUAUAUCCGGAUUCGACAUUAUUGCAACGAGAAUGAAGAGGUGAUGCGCAUUGACUUGCCGCAGGUGUUUGUCCCUACCAAGCAGGAGUUCCGUACUCCCAUCUACCUCGACGCUGGCAAUUAUAACAAUCAAUGGACUAUCGAUAAAGUCGAAGGGAAG